AUGGAGGUAUAUGUGGAUGACAUAGUGGUUAAAUCCCUCACAUUGAAGCAACAUCUCGACCAUUUGGAGGAGGUAUUCGGCGAAGACAGAAAGCAUGGUAUGAGGUUUAAUCCUGAAAAAUGCACAUUUGGUGUAGCCGGCGGUAAAUUCUUGGGUUUCAUGUUAUUUAAAAGGGGGAUUGAGGCAAACCCUGAUAAAUGUAAAGCCAUCAUCGAAAUGGCCAGCCCUCGGAAUGUCAAAGAGCUUCAACGACUGGCCGGACAGAUUGCAGCCCUCGCUAGAUUCUUGCCAAUAAUGGCAGAGAGGUCUCGGCCUUUCAUUGAAUUAUUAAAGAAAUCCCAAAAAUUCGCUUGGUCCAACGAAUGUGAGGUCGCCUUCAUCCAAUACAAGCAUAUGCUAGCAGCGCCGUCUGUGUUAACAAAACUGAAACCUGAUCAGGACAUGAUUGUUUAUUUAGCCGUAUCAGAUAACGCCAUCAGUUCGCAGAACACUCUAAGGUCCCGAAUCCCGGUAUCAAUUAAUGAAGAAAGUGGUGCUUGCCCUAAUCCAUACAGCUCGUCGGUUAAGACAUUACUUUCAAAGUCAUCGGGUACUCAUACGUACAGAUUGUCCAAUCGCCAAAAUUUUGAGGAAACCAGAGUUGGCUGGUCAGCUGACAUAUGGAAUCUGCACGUUGACGGAUCAUCAAACCGACUAGGUAGUGGAGCUGGGGUCAUACUUGAAGGGCCGAACGCUUUCGCUAUUGAACAAUCCAUUCGGUUUGGAUUCAAAGCAUCCAACAAUCAAGCCGAAUAUGAGGCUUUACUUGCUGGUUUCAGAUUAGCAAAGGAGAUGGGAGUUAAACGCAUUACUGGUUGGAGUGAUUCAAAAAUUGUGGCCAAACAGGUUAAUGAUACAUAUCAGGUUAGGGACUUGGUUAUGCUUAAAUAUUACCAAGAAUUCAAGAAAAUAAAAGAUGAAUUUGAUAAGGUAUGUGUUUGGCACAUGCCAAGAAACAUGAACGAGCGAGCUGACAUGCCUGCUAGGCUGGCUAGCCAAAGAAAACUAGGGCAAUUGCAAAGCAUGGUUCAUCAAGAAAUCCUCCAACCCAGCAUCACCAAACAAGAAUGCAUGGACAUAGAAAAUUCAUCUCAUAAUUGGAUGACCCCAAUUAUCCGGUACCUCAUCGAUGGCAGCUUACCAGAGGAUCCAACUUCAGCUAAGAAAAUAAAAAUGCAUGCAGCUAAGUACCUUCUUCUCAGCAAGGACUUGUACAGGAGAGGAAUUUCAACACCUAUGCUUAAAUGCCUAGACGACGACCAAGCUAGCUACGUCAUAAAGGAAAUCCAUGAAGGCAUUUGUGGUACCUAUUCGGGCGGACAAAUUAUGGCAGUAAAAAUACUCAGAGCCGGAUCCUAUUAG